UUGCAUACGCUAUACUCGCCAUUGUUCUGUGUUCGCCAUAUUUUGCGGAAGAAAUAUUCGGAAGAGGUACUCGGUACCAUCAUUUGUGUGCGCGUUACAUUAAUAUCAAUUAAUAUAUUCCAUUCGCCGUGCAUUCAGCUAAUCGUGAAACAGCGAAUAUUAAGUGUUGCGACGUUCCUUGCCAUUGUCAAUUCGGAGGUCCAUUCGCACAGACUAAAACGAGGAAUCGUUGGAGCUGAAAAUUGAUUGAAUAAAUGUGCAAGUAACAUGUACAGCAAUAACAUCGAUCCAUGGGAGCCUGGCUAUGGGCCAGAAAGAAGAAGUCAUAAUUCCGAUUAUGACUAUCGUAGUGAUUAUGGAAACAACAGAUCACCAGAAUAUUCGGAACAUCGUGAGGUUGAUCAUCGUGAUAGAGAUCAUCGUAGUCCGGAUUACAGAAAUCACCGUGGAAGAGACAGAGAUCGCGAAAGAGAUCGCGAAAGAGAUCGUUCGAGGGAUAGACGAGACCGUAGCAGAGACGAUCGUGAUCGCAGCUAUAGGGAUCGUGAAGAUCGUUAUGGGAGACAGAGAGAUAGGGACUCUGUAGAAAGAGACAGAGAUAGAGAUAGAGACAGAGAUAGAGACCGUUCCAGACGUGACAGGGAUCGGGAUAGAGAUAGGGACCGUAGGGGGAAACGGGAGGAUCGGGAUCGCGAUCGUGAUGAUGAUCAUAGUCGAGAAAGUUUGGAUUUUGAGCACGAUCAUGGUCGUGCCUAUGGUUCGUCCAUGGAAGGGAUCCACUACAAAUCGCAAUCGCCCAACAACACCAUAAUGAUACGUGGACUCGCUCAGCAUAUUACUGAAAAUGACGUGCGGCAAGACAUCCUCAACUGUGGUCUCAUGCCUAAGGACAUCAGGCUAAUACGGAAAAAAGAUACAGGUGCUUCGCGAGGUUUCGCAUUCGUCGAGUUUAACGCGACUCAGGAGGCCGCACGAUGGAUGGAGAUGAAACAGGGAGUGCUGAUGCUGCAGGAUCAAUAUCGCGCACUGAUGCAGUACAGUAUACCAAAAGAGUGCCAUGUGGAUAAACCGCCAGCGAAGAAUACGCAAGAUUGGCAUUGCGUUAAGUGUGGAGCACAUAAUUUCAAACGACGCGAGACUUGCUUCAAGUGUUCUGCCUCACGAGCGGAGAGCGAGGAAGGUGGGGAAGGUAGCGACGAAAUCAGCCCGCAUCCCACAAACACUGUGCUUUUACGAGGAUUAGAUGUAUUAACGACCGAGGAUUCGGUUCUGCAAGCGAUGAAGAAUCUGUCAUCGAUGCCAAUACGUAGUAUUCGCAUUGGUCGUGAUUCUCUCACGAACACGUCUAGAGGAGUAUGCUAUCUGGAGAUGGGCAAUGUAGUAGAUGCUAUGUACUUGCAUACCGCACUCACGAAACAAGGACUGGUGGUCGAUGGCAGGAAGGUGGAGAUAACGUAUUGUAAACUUCAUCAAAUUAAUAAUGCCAACGCGUGGAAAUCGAACGAUACUCAGCCACAGAGAUAUACUUUGGACGAUGUCGCUCAAUUGGCUGAAUAUAGUGCCAACUUGUAUGCUAAAACGCCUGCACAAAAGGCUCAUUACCUUCAGUAUUAUACGCAGUACUAUCAAAAUCAAAUAAUACAAGGUUCAGCAAUCACAUUGCCAUCUCUGAAUCAAACAGAUCGAGUAAACGCGGCCGCAGCGGUAGCACAAUCCGCUAUACAACAAUUGCAGGCGUCUAGAAAGCUAGGAGGUGAAACCGAUGACGUGAAAGGACGACCAACUCCUACAGCACCUUCCAGUACAGCAUUAGCGAGCGGAAGGAUUCCUGCACACUCCAGCGAUGGGAAAAUAUAUUCUGUACCAGACGUCAGCACUUAUCAUUAUGAUGAAUCAUCUGGCUACUAUUAUGAUCCUAGCACGGGAUUAUAUUAUGACCCAAACUCGCAAUAUUAUUACAACAGUCAUACGCAACAGUUUCUUUAUUGGGACGCUGAAUCAUUUUCUUAUCAACCAGCUAAAACUACUGCAAGUACAACGCAGGGAGCUACGAGUACGAUAACAGCAACGGCAAGUAGUAUAGAUUCCACGAAUAUAAUCGGCAAUCAAGCUUUGUCAGCCGGUAAUGCUCAGGAGGCAUCAAAAGAGGAUGAGAAUAAAAAGAAGGACAGCAAACAGGACAAAGUGAAAGUAGCGAAGAAGAUAGCAAAAGAUAUGGAACGUUGGGCAAAGACUUUAAAUCAGAAAAAGGAGAAUGCCAAGAGUAAUUGGAAUUCUGAGUUCGCCGGUAUGGAUGGCAAUCAGGGUGUUGGAAGUGGCGCGGCAGACGCGGGAUAUGCUAUUCUGGAAAAGAAAACUAUCGCGAAUCCUUACCACGAAGAUGAAGAUCAAAGCGGUAAUGGAUUGGUAGCUGCUUACGGAGGUGGUAGCGAUACAGAAGAGGAGAUAGAAGACGUGCAACAGGAAGAGAGACAACAUACGGAUUGGAGUAAGCUGGCAUGUUUACUCUGUAAAAGACAGUUCCCAAGCAAGGAGGGGUUGCUCCGUCAUCAACAAUUGUCUGAUCUUCACAAACAAAAUCUGGAAAACUGGUAUCAAGUACGUGGUCUAGAUCCCAAUGAUCCACAGCAGAGAAAUAAUAAAUACAGAGAUCGUGCCAAGGAAAGGAGGGCCAAGUAUGGUGAACCCGAACCACCGCAGCCCAAUAAAUUGAAGGAGAAAUAUUUAAAAACUAAAGUAGAGGAGAUGUCGGUAUCAUACGAGGAGCCUACACGAGUCGGUAUCGGGUCCGAUAACGUUGGCAAUAAAUUACUGCAAAAGAUGGGCUGGAGCGAAGGAAUGGGUUUAGGAAAAUCUAAUCAAGGUCGAACAAGUAUUAUUGAAGCGGAGAGACGCGUCCCUACGGCCGGCUUAGGAGCGAAGACUUCGUCAUACAGCGCACUACCAGGCGAUACCUAUAAGGAUUGCGUGAAAAAGAUGAUGUACGCGCGAUACCAAGAACUGUCUGACACAUAAUACGUAGAAUAUGAUUAAGAUAGAUUUUAUAUAUACAUAUAAGUUCUUGGUAUUCCAUUUUCCAUAGACACAUAAUUACACACUCGUAUUAUUAUUAUUCGAAUAAUGUAAUAGCAAUUUAUUGUAACACAAUGAUAGCCAAUUCUUUGGGACUGUUACGUGCGCCAUGCAAUAUGCAUUUUAUACAUCCUCAUGUAAAGUCCCGUUCUCAUAUGAUUCAACGAGUAUUUUCUCUCAUAUAGAUAAUAAAUUUCUUUUUUUUUUUUUUUUUUCUGUAAUGUACACGAAUAUAUAAUAUGUUGUCAAAAUACAUAUACACAUACACAUUUUAUUUAUAUAACAACCGUAUUGCUUGCGAACUGAAAAAAUAUUUCUGGUUCUUUCAAGGAUGCAUUUUCUGCACGAGAUCACUCUAUCGAGAUAAAUAUAAUUAUCGUAUCAUUGUGCAAUGCAAUAAUAUUUGUGUCCACGAAUAAAUUAUAUAUGAUUGAAUAGUAGUAAAAAAAAUUCGCGGCAAACAUAUAUGAUCUUGUUAAAAAUUUUCUUUAAAUUACAUUUAGCAAGUUAAAUUAUUUAUAACAUGAACAUGAACAUGUUUGAUUUAACAAGUUACAUACAACAGUUAUAUUAAAAAUGAAUAUCACUGUGAACAUUAUUACAUUUUGUAUUAUGCAGAAAUAUACAAAGUACUACGUCUUGUUUUAUAAAAGUAUCAUUAAUAAUGGAUCAAUUUCAUGUUUCUGUUUAAAAAAUACGUGAUAUACACAAUUUCGUUCCAUAUUUAAAUUUUUCUAUAUAUACGCGCGCGCGCGCAAUCCUUACACACACACACACACACACGCACGCACGCACGCAUUUUUAUAUUUAUUGUAUUACACGAAGUCUGGCGAGUUCUAAUCUAAUCAAAUUGAAUAUAAAAAAAAAAAGAUAUUGCAGUUUUUGCUUAUUCAUACACACGUAUAUACAUUAAUUUUUUUUAUUACAAUUUUUGUCAUAUUAUGAAGGUAAUACAUUAUAAUCACUGUGUACAUUUCUAAUAACAUUAUUGUAAUUUACUCUUAUUUUUCUAAAAUCAUUGUGCGAUAUUCAUGUAUUAAAUAAAUCAGGAAAAAUUAAUAACUACACGCAGCGCUAUUUUAUUUGAAUAUUGAGAACGUGUGAACUUUUUUGUAACAGAUUAAAACUUUAUAAACUUACUU